UUGACGGGGCGCCACAGGGCUAGUUUACACCCUGUAUAUAUACAGUGGGGUGCAAAAAAAAAGCCACACUAAUUUUUUUUUAUAUUUUAAGCAUAAAAUGUAUAACAAUGCAAAACAAAAAAAAUUGGAUGUGGCAGUGAAAAAUAUAGAGCAGAAAAGAAAACAUCUUACAGAUGUAGACAUUGGACGAAUUAUUGAAGCUGCUGACCAAGGAGAGUCUCACAGAAGCAUUGGAAAGCGUUUUAAACGAGAAAACUCAACUAUUAGUAGAUUGGUAAAGAAAUACAAGCACACUGGUAAAACUGAAAAAGCUGUUGGAUCUGGGAGAAAACCGAAAACUUCAAAAAAGGAUGAUCGCUACAUUCUUAAUGCUGUCAAAAAAAAACGUAAAAUCACUUGUUCUGAGAUAAAACUAGAUUUGAACCAUACUAAUAUCCAAAGUGGACAAUAUCUCGCAUCAUUAAAUCAUCAAGUGAUUUUUUAAAUCAAGCAAAUUAAAAAACCUUUUAUUAGUGAAAUCAAUCGAAAAAAGCGUGUAAAGUGGUGCAUUGAGCACAAAGAUUGGACAUGUGAACAAUGGGCUAACGUUAUCUGGAGCGAUGAGUCUCCAUUUGUUUUGUAUUAUAAUUGUCGAUCUCACUGUUGGAAAUUAAUUGGGUAAAAAUUCAAUCCUCAAACAUGCAAGGCAACUAUUAAACAUGACAAAAAGAUUAAUGUCUGGGGUUGUUUUAGUGCACACAAAGUUGGAAAACUUUACCGGGUGAAGGGCAUUAUGGACCAGCAUUUGUAUCACAAAAUCUUAGUUAACCAGCUUGGACCAAGUAUAAAAGAACUUUUUCCUAAUGGUGACUAUGCCUUUCAACAGGAAAAUGAUCCCAAACAUACAGCACGGUUGAAUAAUAAUUUAUCUAGAAUCUAAAUUGAUUCCAG